AUGGGCACGCCGUCCACUCCUUCCAGCGCAGGAAGAGACCAUUCCCGCCUACCGCUCUUCAAACACGUCAAGUCCAUGCUCCACAAGCCGCCGCUCCUCACCACCCCUGGCACUCCCAAGUGGGACGAAUACACGGGCGAGCUAAGUGAGACUGGCAAAGCUCCGAAGGUGAAGCCGUCUACCUACAUCUCGACGUAUGAAGGCGCCUUCACCUCCAGUCGCCGUCGCUCCCCCCAGCGCCCGAGCAAGGCAAAGCGGAACGAUUCACCCGUCUCGGUCUUGGAUGAUGGCGACCUCACGCCCGUUGACGGUACCAACGGUGCCUCAAACUUACAUUCUGCCCGCUCCCCGGUCUCCCCAGUCUCUGCGCCUUCUCUGGACCUGGAUGACGAAGAUGUGUUUGAGGACAAGGUAGACCCAAGCUUGCUCCCAGAUCCCCUGUCGCCCAACGUGCAACGAAAGGCGCGCGCACUGCCGCAGACCCCCUCCAUCUCCACCCGUGUCAAGCGCAAGCCAACCUCUCGAGACUUUUCCGCCGAAAACUAUCCUCCCGUGUCGGAGCCUCAUAACCCCUCGCAAUCGGAUGACGUGACUGCAGACAUUGAUGCCCCGGCAACCCCGUCAGCAUCGGCACCUCCGAGUCACUUCAGCUGGACCACCUACGCUGCUCCUACCCGUCCUGGCCACGCAUCCAUCAAUACCCAGGCAACGCGACAAGCCGAACUUCCGCCGGGAGCGACCAAGAGCCGAUUUAGCUGGAGUACAGUGGCUACAAAUGCGACACGCGGAGCACGCGCGGACUCUCCACUGUCCUCUCCGCCACCCAUUCCCGCUGACUAUGUGCAAUCAAUUCUCUCGCGAAGUCGACCGGUUCAAAGGACGGACAAGGAGGACUGGAGCCCACCGACGCAGGCGCCUCGCGCGAGGUCCGAUGGCAACCCACCCUCGGCACCUUCGACGAUCUUGUCCUCACCGCUACCAUCGACAACCAUCAAACCUCUCAACAUCUCCAAGACAUCGACGCCUAAGAGCAAGAACAGCCCGUCGGCAGCCAAGGCACUCCCUCUGCCGCCUCAACUCUCCGCUGAUAACAACCUCACUCGUCUCGAAACACUACUGGCUCAGGAGCGCGAUGCCGUUUUGCAGCGACGAAAUGUGGAGCGAGCAAUCGGAGACCUGGAGAAGGUGGAGCGCGCGUCACCCCUGGAUGUCCCCUUCUCCACCGUCAGAGAUGCGAAGAAGCGACUAGCCGAAUAUCGCACGCGCUUAGAUGAGGUAAGGCUGGAGGAGCGGAACAUUGGCAUUGCGAUUGCGCGGGCGAGGAAGCGGGAAGAGGAGGUGGAUGGGGAUGAAACGCUGUGGGUGAGGAGGGUGACGAAUUGA